GAAAAACAAGUUCAGUUGCACCAGGUUCGUCGUUGCGUGCGGUUAUCCUGCUACCACUGAAAGCUAACUAAGCUCCCGAGUAAACUAAUAAACGGAAUACAUCCGAUCGUCAAAAUGAGCUCGUCCCAGUAUUAUCCAUUCCAAUGCACACCGACCGUCUACCCGGCCGAUCCGUUCGAUGCGAACGAGGAUGCCGGCACGCUCCGUACCGCGAUGAAGGGAUUCGGCACCGACGAGAAGGCCAUCAUCGAGGUGCUGGCCCGUCGCGGUAUCGUCCAGCGUCUGGAGAUCGCCCAAGCGUUCAAGACCUCCUUCGGUAAGGAUCUGAUCAGCGAUCUGAAGUCGGAGCUCGGUGGCAAGUUUGAGGAUGUGAUACUCGCGCUGAUGACACCGUUGCCCCAGUUCUACGCGAAGGAGCUGCACGAUGCGAUCUCGGGCAUCGGUACGGACGAGGAGGCGAUCAUCGAGAUUCUGUGCACGCUGUCGAACUACGGCAUCCGCACGAUCGCCGAGUUCUACGAGCAGAUGUACAACGUUUCGCUCGAGUCGGAUCUGAAGGGUGACACUAGCGGAGCGUUCAAGCGGCUCUGUGUGUCGCUGGUGCAGGGUAACCGUGACGAGAACAAUGGCGUCGAUGAGGGUGCAGCGGCAGCCGAUGCACAGGCACUGUACGAAGCUGGCGAGGGCCAAUGGGGUACGGACGAGUCCGUGUUUAAUCAGAUUCUGGUGACCCGCUCGUACCAGCAGCUGCGUGCCGUAUUUGACAUCUACGAAAGCCUUGCCGGCCACCCGGUCGAGGAUGCGGUCAAGCGCGAAUUCAGCGGUGCUAUCGAGGAGGGCUUCAAGGCUAUCGUACGCUGCGUUCGCUCGAAAGUCCAGUACUUUGCCAAGCGUCUGCACAACUCGAUGGCCGGGCUCGGCACCAACGAUAAGACGCUGAUCCGCAUCAUCGUCAGCCGAUCGGAGAUCGAUCUGGGCGACAUCAAGGAAGCGUUCCAGGAGAUGUACGGCAAGUCGCUCGAGUCGUGGAUUAAGGAGGAUCUUGGAGGCGAUAAUGCUAAUUUGCUGUACCACUUGGCCGCUUACUAAAAUACCAUUUCCUCUUCCCCCAAAACCUUAAACACGCACACACUUCUAAUCGCAACGAUCUUAUCGUUGGUGAUGUGAUGUGAUGAUCUUCGUAGAUGCAAGAAGAUCGCUACAUUCCGCUACAUUCCAAGAGUUAGUUGUGUUUUAAAGAAAACAAAAUGCUUACCCACGUUCCUUACGUUCGUUUGAUCAAGUGUGUUGGAUGCAAUGGGUCCCGGGUCCAAUUCUCUGUCACUGGUGUUGCUGGUAUUAUUGCACCAUAUUCGGGUCCGGGAAGCUAGUUUAGUGCCUUACAGGUAUACAGGUAUUCCCCGUUUUCUCAUGUCUGUUGUUUUUGGGCCCAAAAAACCGUCCAUCUCUUUCGCAGGAGGAUGUCGGAGGGGAUCUUGGCGACCUCCUGGCUACAUUGGCCUCGUUCUAAGUGCAACCUGCAAACAGUAUGCAUUUAUAAAGAAGCAAAAUGUCAAAAAUCGUAACAAAAAGGGCGAGAAGAUAAUGUUAGUUGGUGCGCACGCAGUUAAAUACUUCUAAAUGGACAACGCAAUAUUUUAAAAUUUUCCUUUAAAGCAAACAAACAAAAACCCUUCUUCUUAUUGCGCGUCUUUUUGUGGGGUUUUGCCUUUUUUUUUGGUACAUUGUGAUUUUAUCUCCGGUACACACGGCUCUUAAAGUGUAACACGAAUGUCAAAGCAAUUCACACGUUAUUGGAUAAAUAUAUACUCGAUGUUUACUAUAAAGUAUAUCUUGUUGUUUCCGUUAAUGUUAAUCAUGGACAUCACAUUUAAUAUUAGC